UGUUCACCGUAAAAUAACAAAGUAAACAAACACGAGGAGUCUCUCUUGUAUGAUCUGUGGCUGGUUGGGUUCAAGAAGUUAAAUAUGAGCAAGAAAGGAAAGUAUAAGCCCAUGACUUUUGGGGAUAAAAAAACAAAAGAAAAAAAGCAUAAUCCAUUUGAAAUCCACAUUAACCGAGUAAAACAUGAUGUUGUUGGCCGUAAAAGUAAGGAUGAUCGUGGUUUACCAGGAAUUGCCAGAGCUAAGGCAGUAAAGAAGAGGGAGAGAACUUUGCUGCAAGAAUAUAAAGUACGCAACAAGAGUAAUGUAUUUGUUGAUAGACGGAUUGGUGAAAAUGACUCAAAUAUGGACCCUGAAAAAAAGAUGGUACUCCGACUUGCUGCUGAAAAGAAAAGGCAAUUUAAUAAGAAAUCACUCUUCAACUUGAAUGAUGAUGAAGAACUAACUCAUGGAGGUUUUUCUCUUGAUGCCAACCUAAAUGAUAAAUUGAACAUCAGUGAUGAUGAAGAUGAUGACAUGCUUGAUGCCCAAUUUGUCAAGAAGCAACAUUUUGGUGGUGGUGGAUUUUUGACCAAGAGUGAGGACCAAGGAGAUGAUGACAAAGGGGAUGGCAAACCAAAGAGUAGGAAGGACUGGAUUGAUGAAAUCAUUGCUGAAUCUAAGAAGAAGAAGGCUGAAUCAAAAAAAGAGAAAGAGGAGCAGUACGAAGCUGUCAGUAAGUUGGAUGCCGAGCUUCAGUCCUUUAUGAAGAUCAUGGCGAACUAUACACUCACUGAUGAAGAUAAAAUCAAGGCCAAGAAAAAUUGCGAGUUCAGAGACUAUGACACCUUAGUGAAAGAGCUGGGAUUUGACCGCAGUGGGAAGGCUUUAGCAGUAAACAAACUCAAAACUCCUGAAGAUCUAAUUAAGGAAGAACGGCAGCGACUGCUAUCUCUGGAAGCAGAUAGGGUGCAGCGGAUGAAAGGAGAACAGGACAAGUCAGGUGUUGGAAUGAAGAGUGCAGAUGACCUUGAUGAUGGGUUCAUUUUGGAGAAGGAUGACAGAUUUCAUGUGAGCUACAAAAAUGGUGAAAUGAUAACAAAACAGAAUGAGUCUGAAGAUGAAGUAGAGAAUGAUGAAGAAGAUCAAGAUGAAAAUAAUAAUAGUGCAGAAGAGGAGGAGGGGGAAGAAGAAGAGGAAGAGAAUGAAGGGGAAAAGGAGGAUGAGGAUAGUGAUGAUGAUGAUGAUGAGAGUGACAAAUAUUCAGAUGUCCUUGAAGAUAGUGAAAGUGAAGAUGAGAAAGAACCUCCAAGGGAAAAGAAGAUAGUGAAAGUGGUUACCAGUAAGAAAAAGGAAAUGAUGGAAGCAGCAAAAAAAGAAAUACCAUACACAUUUGAGGUUCCCCAGGAUUAUGAAUCUUUCUGGGCUUUGUUGGAGAAUCAUUCACCAAAAGAAGUAAGCCUCAUCUUGGAGCGAAUGAUAACGUGUAACCACCCAAGUUUAGGCAACAAUAACAAGGACAAAUGUGAUGAUAUAUAUGCGUAUCUCUUGCAGACUUUACAUGUAUUAACGGAUCCAGAUGGUGAUUCUCCUAUCCCUGGGGUGUCACCAAUGAUAUAUGUGGAUUCUUUCAUACAACACAUCUUCACAAUCACUCAGGUGUCACCAGCAAACUCUGCAAAGGCUCUCAUGCAGGUACUACUAGAGAAGUAUGAGGAGUGUUCACAGUCAAAAUUCAAGAGAUAUCCAAUGGCCAACACGUUUGUGUUCCUAAAAAUUGCUGGGAUUCUUUUCCCCUCUUCAGAUUAUAUUCACCCAAUAAUGACUCCAGUGAUGACAUUCCUGACUCAUUUGCUGGGUCAAGCCAAGGUUGUGUCUCAAAGAGAAAUCACUGCAGCAUUAUUUUCAACACAUCUUUUGCUAGAGUAUUUAAGCCAGUCCAAAAGGUUCGUUCCAGAAUUAACAAACCUACUGAAUGGUCUGCUCUUCAUUGCCAUUGGAGCUAAAAAAAAAGUACAUCUUCCACUAACUCCACCAUUUAAACCAGUUGGACCUGCUGCAUAUCUUCUUGUACUGGAAAAUACAGUAACAGAGUAUACAGAAUCUAAGCUAACAUUAGCCAGUAUCAACAACACAGAAGCAGAAUUGACUGAUUCCUUCAAGAUUAACAUCUUGUGUAAAACUACAAAACUUCUUAAACAGUUAUGCAAUUGCUGGUCACAACUUCCUUCAAUACGCACCAUAAUGGCACCCACAAUUAAACUUCUGGAGUCCCUUUCCUUAAAAAAUUACCCAGACUCAGUGAACAAGACAGUAGAGGAAUUAUUGUCAGCAAUUAGAUCCUUGCCUAUUCAAGGGCAGCCACUUGUUAAGGCAGAAGGCAGACCUGUAUCAAUCAAGAUGUAUGAACCAGCAAUUGAAGAAAUAAUUGAAGGUGUGAAGAAACAUCAUGGAACAAAGUCUUACCUUGAAAAGCAGAAACUUACACACAAGUUGAAACGGGAAAGAAAAGGUGCUAGAAGAGAGAUUCAGAGAGACACAGCUUUCUUGGCCAGACAACAGCUAAAAGAGGUGCUUCUGAGUGAUGUUGAACGCAAAAGAAAGAUUGGACUGCUUAUGAGUGGACUACAAACACAAGAGGGAAAUUUCAAGAGAAUGAAGAACCAAAAAUAAAUUAUAAAGAUAAGCAGACUAAUUGUUUGUAAUAAAAAUCCUUUGAAUGAUUAUUACAUGAAUAGAAUGCCAGAAUGGGGUGCAAAGUCUUAAAGAAGAUUGCCAGUUUUUGCUACUUGUACUUGCAUGAUCUUUCACUUCCAGCCACUUUGAAUAGUUACCUUCAAACUCAAGAUCUGUGGCCAUCACCCAGCUAUCAGCAUUCAUGAAAUUGGUUCACAAACAACAAAACCUGCCUAACUAAUGAUAAUUAUUGUAGUACAUAAAUAUCCCUGUACUGUAAUUUACAAACUAACAUUAAAAACAUCAAUAAAAUACCAUCUAGAUAAAAUAUGCAGCAAAAACAAUUAAGGAAAUGGCAAGUGUAAGUUUAACACAACCACCACUUGUGUGGAUGCACCCAGCUUGGCCUCAAACCUCGCCAUAGCAACCCAGCCUGGCUGAAGACGCUGCCUCUGUUGACCCUUAGCAACGCUUCCACUUUCAACCACAAAGAAAUGUUUGUACCCUUUAUGUUUUUGAUCUUAGAAUACUGGUAAUAAAUAUUUUUUGCAUAUUCUGUAUGUAGGAUUGUGUGCAUGUAACUGAAUAAAAAAAUAUUAAGAAA